AUGGCUACCCCCAGUGUUCUUACCUUUGAUGCUGAGGGUCGUGCUGUUGACUUUGAGGUCUGGGUCGAUGACCUCCAGCUGUUCCUACAAUGCGAUAGGGCAGACGGACUCUCCCUGUUCGAUCUCACCUCUGGUGCUUCCCCUGCCCCGCCUGCUGAUGCUGACAGCACUGUUCGCUCACAGUGGGCCACACGCGAUGCUGCUGCCCGUCUUGCUGUGCGUCGCCACUUACCGACCACUGAGCGCACGCACUUUAGCCAGUACAAGAGUGCUCAGACCUUGUACGAUGCUGUAGUUGCACGCUACUCUUCCCCUGCCACUGCUGCGCUGAGCCGCCUCAUGCAACCGUACCUCUUCCCUGACCUUGCUGCCUUUCCCACAGUCGCUGACCUCUUUACCCACCUCCGCACUAGUGACACUCGCUACCGCGCUGCGCUUCCUGCUGAGGACCACUUCCUCUCAAUUUGCCCCACCACACUCACCGUUGACCUCCUCGAGGAGCGCCUCCUAGCAGCAGAGAAGAGCAUAGUCACUGUAGGAGCCUCUCGUGGUGACCCUCGCACCCCCGUCUUUGAGGGGUGUUCCCCUUCCCCCCUCUUGCCCUCUGUUGCUUUUGCUGCUGCGGCCGACCUCGUUGGUUUCGAGUCGGUCGGCGCUGCGUCUGCCCCUAGCGGGAGACGCUGCACCGGCAAGGGCAAGGGGGGCAAGGGCGCUGGAGGGGCUGCGGGGGGCGGUGGAGGUGGUGGUGGAGGCAGUGGACGGGUUGGGGGUGGUGGUGGGAGUGGUGGCGGGGGUGGCGGUGUCGGUGGCAGCAGUGGAGGCGGAGGAGGCAGCGGUGGUGGCGGAGGGAGCGGAGGCGGCGGAGGUGGCAGAGGCGGCGGAGGUGGCGGAGGCGGCGGAGGUGGCGGAGGCGGCGGCAUCAGCGGUGGAGCUGGUCGAGGCUCUGCGUAG